AUGAAGAGCCUGCUCCUGACUGUCACACUGUUUGUCCUGGUGGCUGUCCUACAAGCUCAGGAUGACCUGCCCUUCCUCUCAGAAGAAAAGAAACUCUCAGGUGUCUGGUUCGUGAAGGCUAUAGUGAAUGAAAGAAACCUGACAGAGCUGGGGAGACCUCUGGUUCUGUUCCCUUAUACACUGUCAUGUCUGGAACAAGGAAUUUUGGAGGUCAAGACUACAGUCAUGUAUGAGGGCCAGUGCAUGAAGACAACAAUGCAUAUGCAGAGAACAGAGAAGCCUGGUCAAUACAGCUCCUUUUCCGGCCAUAAGCUCUUCUACAUCUAUGAGCUGCCAGUGAAGGACCACUACAUCAUAUACAUAGAAACUCUUUUGCAUGAGAAAAAAUUCCUUUCAGGACAUCUGAUAGGGAAGUGCCCCAAAGAAAAUAUGGAGGCCCUGGAAGAAUUUAAGAAAUUCACACAGCACAAAGGACUUCUCCAAGAAAACAUUAUUGUGCCUCAGCAGAGGGAACGUUGUGUUCCCAAUCAUGGCCGUGGACUAGCAGCAUUGGAUGGUGCAGACAUUGCAAGGCAUUGUGUCUUUUAUCUGGAAGUGUCAGCGAAAGAACACCAGAUCCCAACAGCAACAACAUCCAGCCCAAUGAUGGUAAUAGAUUUGGCUGUGAAAGAUGGCCAGGAGGGGUGUGGCCAGUGCAACUUGUGGCCAUAA